AUGGCGGUCUUUUCAGAUAAGGGAGACGUUUGCAGCGCGGCCUUGUGUGGCAUGCGGGAUUUCCUUCCGUUCCACUGCAACAAAUGCGGCAAAGUGUUCUGUGUCGAUCACUACGUUCCGGAGAGCCACAACUGCCCGCGAAUUCGUUCUGGAGAUCGACGGGUGUAUGUAUGCCCAACAUGUUUGGAAGCCGUGCCAAUGAGAAAUGAAGAAGCCGAAGCCUCAGCGGCGGAACGGCAUGUGCCCGCGUGUCAACCGGAGAAGUACGACGAAAGGCGUCGCCAGCUGAGGGGCAACGCCUGUCCCAUUCGCGGCUGCCGAGAGCGCCUCACAGAUAUCACGACUUACCGCUGCAAGGCAUGCGACCAGGCUGUGUGUUUGAAGCAUCGUCUCCAGGAAGACCAUGACUGCCAGAGAGUCCAACAGGCUCGCAAAGAGAAGCAGCGACGCGCUCGAAGUUUUCACCUUUUCAGAGCGCAAAGCUCCGCCGCGGCCUCAGGAAGUGAAAAGGCAGCACCAAAAGCAGCCAAGAGCGCGGCCUCGGGUGCCAAAGGUGCGGGAACUCAACGUGCGCCCAUGCUGGCUCGCUCAACAUCGUCUUCCAAGUCCAGAAAUCGGUGCGUCAUAUCUUGA